UUUCCAAAGGAGAGAGAAAGUGGGGGGAGGAGGAGGGAGAAGAGGAGUUUCCUCGACGCCAUUUUGCCGAAGCCGCCGGAGGGUUCCUUCCCAACUUCUGCGCCGGAGGAGGAAGAAGAGGAGGAAGAGGAAGAGGAAGAGGAAGAGGAAGAGGAGAGCACGGCGGGUAGAGAAAUGGCACCUCUGUUUGGUUGAUGCCUGUCCAGAACCCUGAGGCUUCCUUCCCUGCAAAGCCAUGGGCCUGAAAGCCAAGUCCCACCCACCUGCGGAGGAGACGCCUGUCAAGGUGGCUGUGCGCAUCCGGCCUUUGCUCCCCAAGGAGCGACUGCAUGGACACCAGGCCUGCGUGAGCGGGAACCCCGAGACCCGCGAGGUGACUCUGGGACGGAAGCGCCACUUCCAUUUCGACACUGUCUUCACCGAAUCCUCGGACCAGGAGUCUGUCUAUGAGACUUGCGUGCAACCGCUGGUGGAGGCCUUCUUUGAAGGCUUCAACGUCACUGUCUUUGCCUAUGGGCAGACGGGCUCUGGCAAGACCUACACCAUUGGAGUAGCAAGCGUCUCUGCCAUCAAUGAGGAUGAACAGGGCAUCAUCCCUCGAGCCAUGGCGGAAACCUUCAAGCUCAUUGAUGAAAAUGACUUGCUCGACUACACGGUCCGCGUCUCUUCUCUGGAGGUGUACAAGGAAGAGUUUCGGGACCUGCUGCAAGUGGAGACAGCCAGCAAAGACAUACAGAUUCGGGAAGACGACAAAGGCAAUAUUGUGCUGCACGGCGUGAAGGAGGCCGAAGUGGAAGGCCUGGAUGAAGUCCUGAGCCUGCUGGAAAUGGGGAACAUGGCCAAGCACACGGGGGCCACCCACAUCAACCAGAAGUCAAGUCGCUCGCAUUCCAUCUUCACGGUGACGAUGGAGCAACGGCGCAAUGCCGGGCGCCUCAGCCUUCAGGAAAAGGUCUUGGUUCCAGCCUCGGGCCAGGUUCUGGCUUCCAAAUUCCACUUUGUUGACCUGGCCGGCUCUGAACGGGUGGUGAAGACGGGGAACACGGGGGAGAGACUCAAGGAGAGCAUCCAGAUCAACAGUGGCCUGUUGGCUUUGGGCAACGUCAUCAGUGCGUUGGGUGACCCUCGCCGGAAAGGCAGCCACAUUCCUUACAGGGAUUCCAAAAUCACCAGGAUCCUGAAAGAUUCUCUCGGUGGGAAUGCCAAGACGGUAAUGAUCGCCUGCAUCAGCCCUUCUUCGUGUGACUUCGAUGAGAGCUUGAACACGCUGAAUUAUGCCAGCCGUGCUCAGAACAUCAAGAACAGGGCAACGGUGAAUUGUCGGAAGGAGGCGGAGCAGGUGGAGGAGCUGCAGCUGCGGAUCAAGAGCCUGCAAAGGGCCCUGGAGCAGCGGCACCGUUCCGAGACUCGGAUCAUCAACCGAGCUGACGCCGCUGUGAAGCACGGCUCGCAAGACCGUGCCGCUCGCCUGCAUGCUGAAUGCAGCCGCUAUCGGGCUUGUACGGAUGCCGCAUACCAGCUCUUGAUGGAAUUACAAGGGGAAGGCAAUCUGACUGUGGAUCAGAUCCUGCGGAUGAAGGAGUGGAUGUGUGGCGUGGAGAGCGAGAGGAGCGAGCUAAGCUCAGCUUCUGGCUUAGACAGCGGCAUUGAAAGCACUUCAACAGAAGAUCAGAAGCACAAGAUGCUGAGUUCCAAGUUGACCAAGGCUCAGCAGGAGCAGGGAGAUCGCUUGAAAGACAGCGUGUCAAUACAAGAAGAGCAUGUGCUGUGGUUGGAGAAGCAAGUGGAGCGUUUAGAGGAAGAGAACCGGGAUUUCCUGGCUGCUCUUGAAGAUGCCAUGGAACAGUACAAACUACAGAGUGCUAAGUUGCAGGAGCAGCAAGGCAUCAUUUGUGAGCUACACAAGUGCCUGCGGAUGGAGAUGCCACGGGAGGAGGAUCUGCCCGGAUUGCUCCAGAGUGUUUGCCUGGUGCAGCUGGGCCAAAGGCCACACACGGCCCCCGUGGAUGCCGCUCGCUCCCAUCCGUGGCUCAGGUUUGCACGUAACAACCACAGCAAGCUCUGUGGAGCCACCGUUCCUAAAGGGAAGGACUUGCCGGAGUGCUGUCAGAGCGGACCUCAAGGCUUCGUGUGCAGCUCGGAGGCUUCCAAAACACUGGAGACCCUGAAGAUAGACAAGACUUCAGAGCAGCUGGUGGAACCAUUUGCCACAGAGGAAGAGGAGAAGGAGGAAAAGUGCCAGGAGGCCCAGUGCCUUCACCAGAACAGAGGUGGUGUUGACACCUGGAGCAAGGAGGGUGUUUCUAACAAGAUGAGCAGAAAACGGAUCAAAAGUAACCUAGUCCUGAUCCAGCAGGAGCCUCCAGGACGCUCGAGAGACUGCAGAAGAGGAGAGCAAGGCAGCCUGGGAGGAGGUUUUCCGGGAAAGGAUUCGGAGUGGCGGUUGCUUCAGGCUCAUCAGAAGAUCCGUGAGCUGGCUAUCAACAUCCGCAUGAAGGAGGACCUGAUUGUGGAACUCAUCAAGACAGGCAAGCAUGCUCAGACCAUGAACAAGCAGUAUUGCCAGAAGAUCCGCGAUUUGGAGCAGGAGGCCGAACAGGUGCGAGUGGAGCUCAGCGACGGGCAGAGGCAGCUUCAGGAGCUGGAAGGGAGGGAGACCCGGGACCCCGCCGAGAAGCAGAAGCUCCAAGAGUAUCGUAGCAAAGUGGCAGCCGCUCAGAGUAAAGUGAAGAUCCUACAGGAGAAGAAGCAAGCGACGGAGAAGUUGGCCUCUCUCUCUGCCCAAAACGAGAAGCGGCUGCAGGAGCUGGAGAGGAACGUGCAGCAGAUGCGCCAGCAGCAAGGGCAGCUCCAGAGGAGGCUCCGGGAGGAAGUGGAGCAGAAGCGGCGCCUGGAGACGGAGAUGCACAAAGGGCAGCACCGGGUCAAGGAGCUGGAACUGAAGCACGAGCAGCAUCAGAAGAUCCUUCGCAUCAAGACUGAGGAAAUUGCAGCGUUCCAGAGAAAGCGCCGGAGCGGGAGCAACGACUCCAUGAUCAGCCUGGAGCAGCAGCAGAAAAUUGAAGAGCAAAAGAAGUGGCUGGACCUUGAGAUGGAUAAAGUCCUUGAGCAGCGCCAGGCCUUGGACGAUCUGGAAGACGAACUCACCAAGCGGGAAGCCAUCGUGGCAAAGAAGGAAGCUCUGCUUCAGGAGAAGAAUGGCCUCGAAAACAAGAGGCUGCGCUCUAGCCAGGCCCUAAAUGAUGACAUAAUGCGGGUGUCCAGCCGGUUGGAGUACCUGGAGAAAGAACUCUGCCAAAAAAACGGGCAGCUUUGCCGCAGCAGUGCCCACGACCAGCAGCAGAUCCGGCAGGAAAUCAACAACCUGAGGCAAGAGAAGGAUCAGUUGCUCAAACAAAGGCUGGAGAUAGACAACAAGCUGCGCCAGGGCACCUUGCUUUCUCCAGAGGAAGAGCGGAUCCUUUUCCAGUUAGAUGAAGCCAUUGAGGCUCUAGAUGCGGCCAUAGAGUACAAAAACGAGUCCAUCACUUGCAGGCAGCGGGUUUUGCGCUCCUCGGCCAGCCUUCUUUCUCAAUGCGAGAUGAACCUCAUGGCAAAACUCAGCUACCUCUCCUCCUCCGAGACCCGGGCAUUGCUUUGCAAGUAUUUUGAUAAGGUGGUGACUCUUCGGGAGGAUCAGCACAGGCAACACAUCGCCUUUUCAGAACUAGAAAUGCAGCUGGAGGAACAGCUGCAAAUGGUGUUUUGGCUGGAAGUAGCCCUGGAGCGCCAGCGCCUAGAGAUGGACCGCCAGCUCACCCUCCAGCAGAAGGAGCACGAGCAGAACAUCCAGCUUCUGCUCCAACAGAGCCGAGAGCACAUGGAAGAAGGACAGGCGAACAGUAGGCUUCAGUAUCAGGGAAGGAUAAAGACGCUGGAAAACGAAUUGGCCCAUUACAAGUGGAUGGCCCAAGAGCUGGCCCAGAGGCUGAGCAUAACCCAGUUGGAGGGACAAGACAGGUGUGAUGGUAUGGAGAGAGUCGGGCAUGCAGCUGGGGACAGGCAUGAUUCACUUCUGGCAGCCAAUCACGUAGCCACCAAUGGUAUGUUGGAGCCAUCCUUGCAGCUGGAGGGGAGCCACGGGCCUGGAGAGGAACCCAGAAGCUUUCUCCACGCACCGCUCCCACCGACCUGGAGGCGCUCUUCGCUCCCUAAUGCCAUCUCCUUAGUGCCAGGUGAGAUCCAGCAGGAGGAGGAAGAGUACCUGUCCAGAGCCAGCCAGGUGAAGGAAGCAUCCCUGCCACAAAGCCUAGUUCCCAUUCUGAAAUCCCGCAAGGACCUUCACAAGCCAGGCCUCGCAGGGGCGUCUUACCGCGACAUCAUUGAUGUCAGAAAAAUUCCACUAUAAACAGAAGAAGCUGCUCCUGCUCAGAAUUUGAGAGAAAAAACUAACAAAUUGUGCAAAUAGAUAAGGUCCCGACCUGUAACCACUGGUGGUUGCUUAGGUUACGCUGCCAAUGUUAUUCUGAAAUUAAUAAGCCUUGUAUGAGCUGCAUUAGGAGCCCCGGAGGCGAAGUGUGUUAAAGCGCUGAGCUGCUGAACUUGCAGACUGAAAGGUCCCAGGUUGGCGUAAGCGGCCGCUGUUAGCUCCAGUUUCUGUCAACCUAGCAGUUCGAAAAAAUGCAAAGGUGAGUAGAUCAAUAGGUACCGCUCCGGCGGGAAGGUAACGGCGCUGCAUGCAGUCAUGCUGACCACAUGACCUUGGAGGUUCUACGGACAACGCCUGCUCUUCGGCUUAGAAAUGGAGAUGAACACCAACCCCCAGACAUGACUGGACUUAACAUCAGGGGAAACCUUUACCUUAUGAGCUGCAUUGGAUUUUCUUCUCAGUAUCUGCUGCUUCUGACUUAGAGAAGAAAGCGAGAUCUUUCAUGUACAGGAGGAGCCUAUUUUCACACAGAACAUAUACCUUCAUUCGGGGAGUGCUUGUAGUAUAAAUGUGUUUGACAGCUUUUUAUAGUGUUAUUUUCUAAUAAAGAAGAACAGUCUUUUGCA